CCCCGGCUUCCCACCCGCGGCCGCCAGGGAACUCGCCAAGCCCCGCGUUCCGCUCGUUGCCGCCGCCCGCGCUCACGCCGCCCCGCAUCCCGAUCAGCAGCCAGCACAGAAGUUCAGCAGACAAAGACACAGCCUCGCACAAUGUCCUACAGACGAGAGCUGGAGAAAUAUCGAGACCUGGAUGAGGAUGAAAUCCUGGGGGCCCUCACAGAGGAGGAGCUGAGAACGCUGGAAAAUGAGCUAGAUGAACUAGAUCCUGAUAAUGCACUGCUCCCUGCAGGCCUGAGGCAGAAGGAUCAGACCACCAAAGCACCCACAGGCCCCUUUAAAAGAGAGGAGCUUUUGGACCACUUGGAAAAGCAAGCGAAGGAAUUUAAGGACCGAGAAGAUCUGGUUCCCUACACAGGGGAGAAACGAGGAAAGAUCUGGGUCCCCAAGCAGAAGCCAAUGGAUCCCGUGCUGGAGAGUGUGACACUGGAGCCUGAACUGGAGGAGGCCCUAGCAAAUGCCUCUGAUGCAGAACUGUGUGACAUCGCAGCUAUCCUGGGCAUGCACACACUCAUGAGCAACCAGCAGUACUACCAAGCCUUGGGCAGCAGCUCCAUCGUGAACAAGGAGGGGCUCAACAGUGUGAUCAAACCCACACAAUACAAGCCUGUGCCUGAUGAAGAACCAAAUUCAACAGACGUAGAGGAAACGCUGGAGCGAAUAAAGAACAAUGACCCAGAACUAGAAGAGGUUAAUCUUAACAACAUCCGGAAUAUUCCCAUACCCACCCUCAAGGCAUAUGCAGAAGCCCUGAAAGAGAACUCCUACGUGAAGAAGUUCAGCAUCGUGGGGACCCGCAGCAAUGACCCUGUGGCGUUUGCCCUUGCUGAAAUGCUGAAGGUGAACAAGGUGCUGAAGACCCUGAACGUGGAGUCCAACUUCAUCUCUGGAGCUGGGAUCCUGCGCCUGGUGGAAGCUCUCCCCCAUAACACUUCUCUGGUUGAGCUGAAAAUCGAUAACCAGAGCCAGCCUUUGGGCAACAAAGUGGAAAUGGAGAUCGUGAACAUGUUGGAGAAAAACACAACGCUCCUCAAAUUUGGCUACCACUUUACCCAGCAGGGGCCCCGGCUGCGGGCAUCCAACGCCAUGAUGAGCAACAACGACCUUGUGAGGAAGAGGAGGCUCGCAGACCUGACGGGGCCUAUUAUUCCCAAGUGCCGCAGUGGUGUCUAGCAUGCAAAGGGAAGCCCACGCCUAGGAACUGGACAUGUUCUACCGAUGAUGUGUGUGCCCCAGUGGAGACCAGGAUGAAUGCUGGCGUGGAACUCUUGUGGUUCAGUUCUUUGUGCACUAAGGUUUAGGUUAACUAGACUGUAGUCGGACCUUUUAUAAAACAUGGUUAAUGUGAAGUUUUUCUUUAGGCACAGAAGUUCAGUCUGGUAAUUAUUUAAACAUGCAGAAGCCCUCAAGCUAGCGGGCCUUGCUGCAGACAGUGUGACACUGGCAGAGACGGCCCAGGAGCCCCCUGGCGGCCCUGCGUUGGGGCUUAGGUGCACUUACAACAUGGGACGCAUCAGCACAGAGCACUCUCCCCACCUAGUUUGGAAGCGUGGCGAAACAAUCUUUUAUUUCCAAUUUGAUCGUAGCAACUCGGUAAAAAAGAACACAUAAUCAUGAUUUGUCAACCCCACUUGAAACUUUGACAUCGAGAUUAAAGCUGCCAAAGUGAUUCCAGGAUCAAUCCCCACCCCUAGGAAUGAGAGACAAGCCGCAGAGUUUUCUAAGAGUCAGAAAGACACAGGAGUCCUUUGGCAGGUAAGACAAAGAGGGAGGAAAAGGCAAUGGUGAGUUUUCACCGCACCAGGCCACAGACAGACAUCCUUCUGAGUGCUGUGGGAACACCUGCGGGGCACUCAUCUGCAGUCAGAAAUCAUUUCUUCUUUAUUGAAUUCCAACUUCAUGAUGGAUGAAAACUUACAGCCCCUGGGCAGUGGUGGUGCACGCCUUUAAUCCCAGCACUUGGGAGGCAGAGGCAGGCGGAUUUCUGAGUUCGAGGCCAGCCUGGUCUACAGAGUGAGUUCCAGGACAGCUAGGGCUACACAGAGAAACCCUGUCUUGAAAAACCAAAAAANAAAAAANAAAAAAAAAAAAAAAAAAGAAAACUUACAGCCACAUAAAAACAUCUUCCUAUACCACAGCAGGCAAUGGCUUAUGUGAGAUUAACACCAUUGGGUGAAUUUCUAGUCCACCAUGCCUGUGGUAUUUAACAUGGCCCUGCUUACAGACACCAAGUGCCUGCCUGGUCAUUUAUGAGACAAAUCAAGUCACAAAGACCUCUUGCCUACAAAGGAAGCCUCUAGAGGACAGCAGAGUACAACAUCUUAAUGGUAAGGAAUUAGGAGAUCCUGGCCAAACAACACAAGGGAUUACUCUGAAACCUAAUCUUGGCAUUCCUACUGGAUCUCCUUUUUUAACACCAUGGGAGCCAGUAAAAAUGUUUGAAUACACUGUUCUUGUGCCUUUUAAUAGACCACAGUGCCAGUUAAACUAGUAUUUUUGUUGUUUUGGGGAGUUAUUUUCCUUAGGGAUUCAGCCAAUAUUACAGUAAUGAUAAGGCUCAAAAGCUGUUGAGCAUAGCCAGGGGGCUUCUGACUUAAGAGAAAGCCUGCACACCGAACUGUAACGCUAUGGACAGUACAGGGUAACUAGAGGUGCCAUCGGGGCCUCAGCACUGAGUGUCCACUGAGGCUGUACAUGGGCCCAGGAGUGGCACCAAGCUGCAGGGACAGCCAGCCCCACUCAGCUUCUCCUUGAAACACAACUGCAGCUGCAUUCUGCAUCACUGGAAACUGCAAAAUAAUAUUAAAGCCAUUUGGUCUA